CGCCGUCGUGACAGCAACUGUGUGUCCCAAGCUCUUCUGUUUUCCAGUCGUCGUGCGUCAAGAUCUCAAUAAGAUGGUGCAGGCAGGACAAGCAAGUGUGGCAGGAGCUGCAUGGCUGCUGCUGAUGCUGGUGGCUGCAGCUCUCGCUGAAGCGCAGGGCCAGCCUUUACCUGAACAAACGAUGGAGGAGCCUGAGGCGGUCGACAGCCUGCCGGCGCCUCUGCGCUACCUGCUGGUGCAGCGACUCUUGGAGGCCCGUCUUGCGGCCGACCAAAACCGUCCCGUCAGCGAGGAAGAGGCCUUGGCUCGCCACCUGGUGAUGUUGGCCAACGCCGUGGCCUCGAACACCGCCUUCCACCAGCUGGACGUGCCACAUUCUGCCAUCAAGACCUACUGCCACCUCGACAACAACCGACAGUGUCGGGAAGCUUGCUUCUACUUCGGGGACUCUGCCUGCAUUGAUGGAAAUCUGGCCUUCAACGGCAACGACAACGCCUUCCUGUCUCGAGGAUUCCAUCCCGGGAAGUAAUCAACUUCAUGAUCACAUCCUCUUCAGCAUCGCGUUGGGCACGAGGCAAGUUAACGGCUAGAGGCCACACCAAAUCUUCUUGGACAGCUCCAGCAGCAUACAAAAUCAAAAGUCCGCACCUUCCCGAUACAUCGCGCAACAAAUUACUGCUGACAUGCAACGAUUUCUAGAAUUGUUUCUUCACAUGACACUUUUAAGUACUUGCAAAUUAAGUUCGCUCGUAGAAAUCAUUCGAUUUUCACUAUUGGCGAUCGACCUAUACUCGAUAGCAAACAAGAAAUGUGUGAUAAUUUUUUACUUGAUAACUUUCAUUCACGUGAUUGUAGGUAAAUUGAGUGAAAAUAUAUCACGAAUAUAUUAUUAAUCUUGCUGUGAUUUAAUUAACUGUUAUUGAAUCUAAUUUUUAGAUUACAGAAGAUCAAAGAGUUUAAAGCGUAGCCUAAAAAUACAGCGCUAGUUAUAAUAUCGAACAUAACUUUUAUCAAGAUAACAAUCUCGCUGGUUGGGAAUGCUAUGGACUGUUUAAGUGGUCAGUAAAC